ACGUCGGACGUCAAAGUUGUUUUUAAUUCGUAUUUCUGUGGCGGUGGAAACGGAAUUUGUUUUGAAUUUUUGGUUUCGUAGCAAGCAAGUAUGCGAUUAUAAAAUUUAUUAUUCAUAUACCGCGAUUUGUGUGCUUACGGUUUAACAGUAUCUCAUGGGAAUACUCAAAUCGUUCUACUUUAUCGGUAGUCUACUUUAUCGGUUCGGAACUAAUUCUUAACUUUAUAUCUUGCGAGUUUCAGCGCAUUUUGUACGCGUAAUUCAGUGGCAAAUAAUAAGUGUUAAUUUCAUGAAGCAGGAAUAUUAGAUAUUAAAGAAUAAAGUGGCACUUAUGUGCAACAAGAAAAUAAUUAUACAACAAUUAAAUUAUAUCCAUAUAAAGUGUGUUGCUAAUCAAGUGAAUUAAGCUCCCAAUGAAAAAGUGAGUGAGUACAUGAUUAAUUAAAAAAGUUUUAUUAUAAAAAUACUAAUAAAAAAAUAAAAGUCAGAGUGUCACCGUGCAGUAAAAAUAAAUCUUAAACUAAAUUAGACGAAAUGAAUUAAUUGCCGCCAUCCAAGAGUUGCAAGGCUACGAUAACACGUUGAUCACGACGAUUUAGUUACCAGCAAGUAGUGUAUUUGUUGUUUGUGCCAACUCUGGCUAGGUGAGCGAACUUUUUACCCGAUUCAUGCCAAAGGAUUAAUUCUCUGUUACUUUGGUGAGGAGCACUCAAUAAAAAGCGAGUAAGACGACCAACACCGGCAUUUUAAGUUCCAUUGACAAUAACAACAAAAGUGUGAAAAGUGCAAAAGCAAAAGCAAACACAAAAGAUUAAAUUUCCAUAACUGCACGUACGAAAUCAGCAAAAUACAACCGAUCAACGCUCGUUUUACUUUUGCUUCAACUUGAACACUUCAAUAUCUUUCCAGCUCACAUCAACAUUUUCGGACAAAAAGCUUCCACACAUGCAACGUCGUCGUUUAGGCUCUGUCGGCGACUCGGCGCCACCAUCCGAAUCCUCCGAGGGUACGAAUUCAUCCGAACAGAAUGAGCUGAUGAUCAACCCCGAUUGGUCGGCACACUCACACACCUCGUCGGUACAUACGCACACAAACACGCACACCACUGCAUCAUCGACGAACAACACGAAUACAGCAAAUAAUCACAACAGCACAUAUUUUGUGGGCUCCGAUGUGGACGCCGACACACUCAGCAUCGAUACAACGAGCAAUUCAAAUCUUUCCGAAUAUGAGCGCGGCCAGGUGGAGAGCUUUUUCGGCGGUUUGGGUACCGACAUUUUCGUCUGCUCAUCGCUGGCCAAUCUGUAUGAAGGCACUGGGAAAGAGGGUGAUUGGCGUCUCGUCUUCACCGGCAUACCGGUCGUUUUACAUGAUCGUGGCAGCGCGCGCUCCCGCGCCACAUCACGUGUCACCUUGGUGUUGGCCGAACGUGGCUCAUGUUUUGCACUCUGGUCAGAUCGCAUUGAUAAUUUGUCAAAUUAUCGUUUCGCCGGUCCAUCAUUUCACACGAUGUGCCUUUCAACGAACCAUCAACAACUGAUUGGCUUCAGUUUCGAUUCAACCGAUUCGGCUUGCGAACUCUAUCAUCACAUUGAGAAGCUGGUGAGUGAUCCGGAAAAUAUAGCGCUCUCACUGCCGGGCAAGAAGAAGAAGCUAAAGCAGAAGCGUGUCAAGCCAGCGCCAUUGCCGCCCAAAUCGCAAAUCUCACAACCAUGUCAAUUCCAGCAUGUAACAAGCGUUACAAAGGACGAUACGGAUCGGUACUAUAGCAUGCAAGCUUUCGCGCCGCAGUCGCUGAAGCACCGUUGAGCGUAGCUGGAACGUGAGAAGUGUAGUAGCCAUAAUCUUACAUACAUAAGAUAUGUAUGUAUGUAUGUAUGUAUAUAAGUAAAUUCAUAUAUUAGUGGCAUAAGCAGAUCGUAUGGCGGUCCGUCAAUUCGUGAACUUAGUCGUUAAGUAAAUUUUUAACAAUCCAACUUUUUAUUACUUAAUUGUAUGUGAAGGAAAUAGUAUGAUAGCGAGCAGCAUAUUCAAACUGUUUCGAAGUAGCCAAAAUCAGUAAGCCGACCUUUGUAUCUUUCUACGCGCCUGCUAACCGGACACUUUGUGUAAUAAAUAAAUAAAUCAAAUAAAUAAAUAUUAAAUAUUUACAUUUGUA